UAUCCCCUAUGUUGCAGCUGUCAGUUCGGUUCAGACCAUCGCCCUCGUACUGUGUGUGCUCGUCUGUGUCGUGCAGCGCUCUUAUACUCCAGCACAGUUCUAUAUACAGUAGUGCCGUAUAUAAAUACGAAUCUGCUGAUAUAACACCGCUCUCAAAGUGAUUCGACUCGGAUUUUUUAAAUAUUUCGGGUGAAUGUUUUGAAAUCACCGCUUCGAAACCAGUGGCUACAGUUCAUUGUCAGUUUAUUUAAUAUAGCUUUUUAAAAAGAAGACUGAAAUUAUUACUGCGUCGUUCAAACUUGUGGGCAACAACCGAAAAAAAAUAAAAAGAAUAAACGCGCUUCUCUUGGAUUUUAAUAUGUGAUGGCCGGUGUUUUAUUGGGAAUCAAACACGCAAAACAAAAUUCCAGUCGCAACAACUUGGAACCGCUUUCGCAGCAACAGCAGCCAGCGAACAAAGGUUCGUCACUAACUUCCAGCAACACUAAAAGUAGUGUGACAUCAGCCGAACUCUACGGCGACGGUUUCUCGUCGUCAUCUGCUGGAGCGGGAGCAUCGGGCGCCCUGUCGGCACGCUUCCUCACACCCAAUGGCACUCUAAUCACGGCCCAGCGCGGCACUCCGGCCAGCCUGCCUUGCGAGGUUGUCAGUCUCGGAGAUGGCGUGGUGACGUGGUUCCGGAGGAAAGACUUCCAUCUGCUGACGGUGGGACACGCCGUGUAUUCAAGCGACGAGCGAUUCCACGUCCAGGGGCCAAUGCGAUCCACCCAGACUCAAGAUUGGGCCCUGCAGAUCCGCUUCGUCCAGGAGCGCGACUCGGGAUUGUACGAAUGCCAACUGUCGACCCAUCCGCCCAGCAGCCUCUUCGUCGAGUUGGUCGUCGUCGAGGCGCACGCUGAAAUCGACGGCGGCCCGGAGAAGUACGUCAAGAGCGGGAGCACGUUGAAGCUGACGUGCCACCUGAGACAGAGCAGCGUGACUCCGGACUUCGUCUUCUGGUACCAGGACGAGCGUAUGAUUAACUACGAGGGAGCGGCCGGCGUCAAAGUCAUCAGCGAUGCCGCAUCCAGCACGCUCAUCAUUGAACGGGCCCAGAGCGUCCACUCGGGCAACUACUCAUGCGUCCCGUACAAUGUCAACCCGUCGUCCGUCAUCGUUCACAUCCUCAAUGGAGAGAAGCCGGCGGCGAUGCAGCACAGCAGUGCGGCACUUCACUGGUAUUCCGUGUCCGUCAUUUUCAUCGUCGAGUGUGUUUUCCUGAAGCUGAACGGCGUCGCCGGAUCCCUGCAGGAGUGGUUGUGACCGUCGAGACAGACCCCAGCACUGCCCACCAACUGCUAUACCAUCGACUCAAAUCCUCCAUGUAGAAGAACGCAAUUGCGUGUGCUCUCUCCGGGUUUUCAACAUUACAUAAUGAAUUGGAUAACAGCGCAGCAAUCGAAACCAAAAUAAGUCUGAAGAAAGGGGAGAGAUGUUAUAAAAGCAAAAUGGCAAUAGAGUUAUUCACAAAUGUAUAUGAAUAUAACAUGUUGGUACUGCAUUACAAGCGGUACGACUGAUGGAGGGGGGAAAUAUGGUGUGUCAUGAGAAAAUCACGGCCAUGUGAAGAUGAGAAAGUAGACAAACAUUUUUUCAGACGGAAUAUUUGCGAUCCAUUGUUUCAUCUACUCGUAUAAUUGUAUUCAAUCAACAACUACCAACAUACAAUAUAUAUAUAUAAUAAUCUAUUAUAGGGCUCGGCAUAUCUGUUUUGUUUUUUCUCGAAAUGUUGACGAGGGGCAUAUGUUUCUACUUUUUUUGAUAAAUCACUCAGUUUAUACAUCAUUUCUCUCUCAUCCAUUCACACACACUUUCUCCCUGUUAUUCGUUAAGUAAUACUCUAACGUGCAACUUUUGGGAGCGAUCGCUGGCGUUGUUUUUUCUUUCCUUUCGACAGAAAACAUCAGCCAUCUCUCAUCGGUUUGUUCUUGUUGUAUUUCCAUUGUUUUAUAUAUCUCUAAGCGAUUACGUAUUUCAAUUUAAAAAACAAAAAAGGCAACAAAAAAAAGAUAUCUAUAUCCGAGAAAAAAACCCGACAAUAUGAACUCUCCACCAUUCACCCCAGAUAUUUGACCACGUUUCUACUCUCUACAAUAUGCGUUUCCGUUCACUGAUGCAUCAUAAUAAAUAUUAUAUAACUCGGCAUGCUGUCCCCCCCAUCCCCAUCAUCCCCAUCCUCUCUUCUCCACCUUGGCUUUUCAAAAAAAAAAACACAUUGUUGGGAAGAGUUCUCUCUCCCUAUUACAUGAGCAGAUAUGUUAUCUACUGCCGCUCGCAUAACUAUGUGAAUCAUACCAAAUGCAUAUUAUAUACAGUAUACUACUAUAUUAUUAAAAAAAAAUAACUUCCGUUAAUAAUAAAAGUGUCGAUUGCGUAAUACAGCGCAGGUCUAGACAGAGAGAAAAAAAAUAAGAAAAGACAAAAUUUGCCAUGGAAACAGCAUGCACGGCGGUGUGAUGUCUUUUUUUUUUAUUGGAAUGUUGCUGCUGGUGACGCGGAAUCUGUAUAACAACAGCAUUACCACCCCCACCCUCCCACCCUCCUCCCAAUUCCCCAUAUUAUUAUUGUCACAAAAUAUACAGCCCAGCCCUCCUUGAAAUGAUGCGUCGGUUCUUGUCGUUAUAUAUAAAUAAUUCCCCGCUCACCUCUGUUGUUCCAUCCACAUUUUACGAUCCUUAUAAUAUCCCUUCCCCACUCCACUCUGCCGCAGGCGACGUCCUAAUUCACUUUGCCCCAUCUCCAUGUAUGAAAAAACCACGCCCCGAUAUAACCAACUCCAACAUGAAAAAUAACCCACACACACACAACUUAACCAUUUGAAACAAAAAACAACAACAAAAAAACUGAUCAGUUUCUGUAAAUAGACCUUGAUUAUUCAUGUAAA